CAGACAACACAAAGCAUUCACUCUGAGACUUCAAAUCCAUGAGUCAUCGUACUUUUGCGACAUCUAGCAUAGGAAUAUCCUGUUGUCAUACUCAGACAAGAGCUCAGCGAACACUCAAGCCCGAGCACAGCUAAAUUCAAACGCACCGGGAAGGCGAAAAAGGCACACAACACAAAUGGUCGACAAGCCUGGAGCAUUCAUGGCAAGUCGGCCGACGGUCAUCGAGCAGAGGUAUACUUUCAAAGCCUACCAAGCGGUCUACGCCGUGAUCCAAGAGCUUAACCGUAAGGAUGCAGAAGCCGUCGUCGAGCUCCUCAUCCGGAACGAUAAAGGAAUGCUCAACGACAUCGCAAAAUGGUGUUCAACGACCGGAUAUCAACUGAUCUGUUCUGAGCUGGGAAAAGAAGGCGAAAUGCGGUGUCUGAUUCAGAAAGGAGAGCAGAAGAUAAACCAUAAAGUCAUGACGGUGGUCAUAUCGACGGCGGAUUUGGAGUACAUUGCGUAUCCGUUUGAUAAAGCGAUUGGAGGAGCGGUUUCGGGAAUGGAGGUCAAUCUAAUUUUUGAGGGUGCAGGCGUGAGGUUGUUGAAGAGGGGAUAUCGGGCGUCGCUUUCGGGAUUCUGGGGACGGAUGUUCACGACGGUUGUGGAGAAGGUGAUGAAGGAUAAGAUUGGAUGGCCUUUACCGCAAGAAGCAAUUUUAUUGUUGGAGGACCUGGGGGCGAAAUUUUAUGUCUGUGGACCAUCAUUAGUGGGAUAUGGAAUUACGGAAGAGGAGUUGGUGGUCAAGAAUCAUGCUCUGGGAGGCGUGAUCACUUGGGUUGAUCUUUUGGCGAGUAGUAACGUCAGUGUAUUCUCGAAAUCUGCAUUUGAGAAGCCGUAGUGUACAACCAUAUCAACAGAUCUCAAAGCCAACUCUGCUGCUAAGCAUUGCCUCAA